AUGAUGAAGGAUGAUAGUCUCAAUUCUACAAACAGGAUUCUGUUGGCCGUUCGUAACAUGGUAGAAAAACUUCCCCGUCAAACCUUUGAAGACGGGCCCAGAGAAACUGAAUUAAUCACAAGGCAUUUGGAAGCAAUCCUGGCUCCUCUUUUCGAGGACUUGGAUAAUAAUAUAAUUUUUCGAUGGACUUCCGUCAGCGAUGAAGAAAAGCAAGCCACGAUACGACCAGAUGCCUCAAUAAAUAUCAUAACCGGAGCAGCUUUGAGUAAGCGAAUUGGCUGCGGUGAGGUAAAAGCGCAAUACCAAGCUCUUAAUCAUCGGUUGGUUGGCAUUGAUUUAAUGCGCAUUGCAGUGUUGGCCAAGGCCGCAUCCGAUAAGCACAAGUUGAAAGAAAUCUUUACCUUCAUUGUUGUCGGCAAAUAUGCCACUUUCUACAUAUUUACUCGCGCUCAAGCUGACUUGUAUACAAUGUGUGAAAUCGCUCAUAUCCAACUACCUUUUACCCUUGAUCAUGUGCCCCUUUUUCUUUCACAAUUGGACAAGGUCGUCAAAAUUAUUUCCUGCUUUCAAUAUAUUUUAAAUAGCGGCAACCACAACUAUGCAAAUGAUCCAUUUACACUCACAGAUAACAUGCUCCACAACACUACAAAUCCUAAAUCGUCACGGAAGCGAAAAUCAAUUACAAGUCAUUAUAACCAUUGA